AUGGCUAACGCCUUACAGAUCCGUGAAGUUAGGCGAAAUAAGAGACUGGCCAGGAGAAAGAAGCAGCAUUUGCCAAAAAAAAGUGCAGGCUACGCCCAGGAAGAACAGCUGAAGGAAGAGAAGGAAAUAAAAGAGGAGGAGGAGGAAGAAGACAGUGGUUCGGUAGCUCAACUUCAGGGCAGCAAUGACCCAGGGACAGACGAGGAGCUAGAAACGGGCCCCGAGCAGAAAGGCUGCUUCAGCUACCAGAACUCGCCAGGAAGUCACCUGUCCAAUCAGGACGCCGAGAAUGAGUCCUUGCUGAGUGACGCCAGUGAUCAGGUGUCAGACAUCAAGAGUGUGUGCGGCCGAGAUGCCUUGGACAAGAAAGCAAGCGUGCACCCCAAGCUUCCAAACGAAGCCCACAGUUGCAUGGAUAAAAUGACCGCCGUCUACGCCAACAUCUUGUCUGAUUCCUACUGGUCGGGCCUGGGUCUCGGCUUCAAACUGUCCAACAGCGAGAGGCGGAAUUGUGACCCCCGAAAUGGCAGCAACAAGACGGAUUUCGAUUGGCACCAAGAUGCUCUGUCCAAAAGCCUACAGCAGAACUUGCCUUCCAGAUCCGUGUCGAAGCCCAGCCUGUUCAGCUCGGUCCAGCUGUACCGGCAGAGCAGUAAGAUGUGUGGGACCGUUUUCACCGGGGCCAGCAGGUUCCGGUGCCGGCAGUGCAGCGCCGCCUAUGACACCCUGGUCGAGUUGACCGUGCACAUGAACGAAACGGGCCACUAUCAAGAUGACAACCGCAGAAAGGACAAGCUCAGACCCACGAGCUAUUCAAAGCCCCGGAAAAGGGCUUUCCAGGAUAUGGACAAGGAGGACGCUCAAAAGGUCCUGAAGUGUAUGUUCUGUGGCGACUCCUUCGAUUCCCUCCAAGAUUUGAGCGUCCACAUGAUCAAAACGAAACAUUACCAAAAAGUGCCUUUGAAGGAACCAGUACCAACCAUUUCAUCGAAGAUGGUCACUCCGGCGAAGAAACGCAUCUUUGACAUCAAUCGGCCGUGUUCCCCCGAUUCGACCACAGGAUCGUUUGCAGAUUCGUUUCCUUCUCAGAAGAACGCCAACUUACAGCUGUCCUCCAACAAUCGCUACGGCUACCAAAAUGGCGCCAGCUACACCUGGCAGUUUGAGGCCUGCAAGUCCCAGAUCUUGAAGUGCAUGGAGUGUGGGAGCUCCCACGAUACUUUGCAGCAGCUCACCACCCACAUGAUGGUCACCGGUCACUUUCUCAAGGUCACCAGCUCUGCCUCCAAGAAAGGGAAGCAGCUGGUGCUAGACCCACUCGCUGUGGAGAAGAUACAGUCAUUGUCAGAUGCCCCCAACAGUGAUUCUCUGGCUCCCAAGCCAUCGAGUAACUCAGCUUCCGACUGCACGGCUUCUACAACUGAGUUGAAGAGAGAGAGUAAAAAAGAAAAACCAGAGCAGAUCAACAAGGAGGAGAAAGUCGUGAAAAGCGAGGACUGUAAAGACCCUCUACAGAAGCCUUUAGACCCGACGAUAAAAUACCAGUAUCUAAGGGAGGAAGAUUUGGAAGACGGCUCAAAGGGUGGAGGUGACAUUUUGAAGUCACUGGAAAAUACUGUUACCACCGCCAUCAACAAAGCCCAAAAUGGGGCUCCCAGCUGGAGCGCGUACCCCAGCAUCCAUGCCGCCUACCAGCUGUCAGAGGGCACCAAGCCUUCUUUGCCGAUGGGCUCCCAGGUACUGCAGAUUCGACCCAACCUCACCAACAGGUUAAGGCCAAUUGCACCCAAGUGGAAAGUAAUGCCGCUGGUUUCUGUGCCCACGAGCCUGACCCCAUACGCACAAGUUAAGAAGGAACCCGAAGACAAAGAUGAGGUGGUGAGGGAGUGUGGGAAAGAGAGUCCCCAGGAAGAGGCGUCCUCUUUCAGCCACAGUGAGGGGGCUUCUUUCUCCAGAUGUGAACCCCCUUCAGAAUCCAAAAAGGCCGAGCCUUGUCCCCUGAAGGAGGAGGACAAGCGGAUGAAGGAAGGUGGUGAGAAAGAGAAGCCCCAGCCCUUGGAGCCAGCAUCUUCUCCCAGCAAUGGCUGUGCCCUCGCCAGCCAUGCUUCGGCCCUGCCGUGCAUCAACCCGCUCAGUGCCCUGCAGUCUGUCCUGAACAAUCACCUGGGCAAAGCUACGGAACCCUUGCGCUCUCCUUCCUGCUCCAGCCCAAGCUCAAGCACAAUGUCGAUGUUUCAUAAGUCGGGUCUCAGUGUCAUGGACAAGCCGGUUUUGAGUCCUGUCUCCACAAGGCCGGCCAGCGUGUCCAGACGCUACCUGUUUGAGAGCAACGAUCAGCCCAUCGACCUGACCAAGUCCAAAAGCAAGAAGGCUGAGUCCUCGCAAGCACAGUCCUGUACGUCCCCGCCCCAGAAGCACGCUCUGUCUGAUAUCGCGGACAUGGUCAAAGUCCUCCCCAAAGCCACCACCCCAAAGCCUGCUGCUUCCUCCAGGGUCCCUCCCGUGAAGCUGGAGAUGGACGUCAGGCGCUUUGAGGACGUGCCCAGCGAAGUCUCAACCUUGCAUAAAAGAAAAGGCCGGCAGUCCAACUGGAACCCUCAGCAUCUUCUGAUCCUGCAGGCUCAGUUUGCCUCCAGCCUCUUCCAGACGUCGGAGGGCAAGUACCUGCUGUCCGAUCUGGGCCCACAAGAGCGAAUGCAGAUCUCGAAGUUUACGGGGCUCUCAAUGACCACCAUCAGCCACUGGCUCGCCAACGUCAAGUACCAACUUAGGAAAACGGGCGGGACCAAAUUUCUGAAAAACAUGGACAAAGGACAGCCUAUCUUUUAUUGCAGCGACUGUGUCUCCCAGUUCCGAACCCCUUCUACCUACAUCAGUCACUUAGAAUCUCACCUAGGUUUCCAAAUGAAGGACAUGACCCGCGUGGCCGUGGAACAGCAAAGCAAAGUGGAGCGAGAGAUCUCCCGGGUAUCGUCGGCUCAGAGGUCACCGGAAACCAUAGCUGGCGAAGAGGACACAGACUCUAAGUUCAAGUGUAAGUUGUGCUGUCGGACAUUUGUGAGCAAACACGCAGUAAAACUCCACCUAAGCAAAACGCACAGCAAGUCACCCGAACACCAUUCCCAGUUUGUAACAGACGUGGAUGAAGAAUAG